AAUGUUAUUUGUAACUUUACUAAUCUUUUUUUGCACAGUUACUUUAAUUAGUUUCUAAUUUAUUUUACUCCCCAAUUAUUCAUUUCAAAAGAUACUACUGUACUACAUAGUAUCUCUUUUGGGUAAUUAUAUCAAUCUUCACUUCAACUUUGUCUUUUCCACAGUCACAGCAAAACCCCUAAACCCCCACAACAGUAGAAUUCAUUGCAAAUGGAUCUAAAUGGGUCAGCAAUGGAGAUUGAUGAGCAGCAUCUUGGCCCUUGUUUGAGUAGCUAUGUGAAUGCUGGUAGUGUUGAGAGUCACAGGUACUUUCUUGGUCGCAGAACCAUUCUUGAAAUGCUUAAAGAUCGUGGUUUUGCAAUACCCAAUUCUGAAAUAGACACUACCCUUGAAGAAUUUAGAGAGAAAUAUGGUCAGAGUCCUGAUGUUGAACGCCUCAGAAUCUCUGCUAUGCACAGAAAUGACCUCACCAAUAAGGUUUUGGUCAUCUUCUGUGGGCCAAAUACGGUGAAGUUGAAUGCCAUCCGCGCCAUUUUAACUCAAAUAAUGAACAAGGAAUCUUUGAGUCGGCUCAUAUUGGUCAUUCAAAGUCAAAUGACUAGUCAAGCUAUGAAAGCUGUGGAGAACAUGUCAUUCAAAGUUGAAAUUUUCCAGAUCACAGACUUACUUGUCAACAUCACAAAACAUGUUCUAAAGCCAAGACAUGAGUUGUUGACCAACACAGAGAAAAAGAAGCUGUUGGAGAAGUACAACUUGGAAGAGAAGCAGCUGCCGCGGAUGUCUCAGAAGGAUCCAAUUGCUCGGUACUAUGGACUUGAGAAGGGGCAGGUGGUGAAGGUCACGUACAACAGUGAAAUCAUCGAGACACAUGUUACUUAUCGCUGUGUCUGGUGAUGCAACUAUGUAAAAUGAUCCCAUGUAGAAGUGUUGUUCUGCUGUACAUUAAAUGAGUCUAGAUCAGCUUAGCUAACUUACCAUUUCUGGUUCUGUUAACAACAUGCUGUUUGAACUUUUGUCGCCCUGCCUUUUUGUAUCCCGAGAUUGUCUUUCCUUACCAUGUCGCAAUGUUAAGUUUAAUAGCUAUUCUUAACUUUUGCAUCUUUUGUAUCGUAUGUUAUGGAAGAGUUCAACAUUGAUACACUUCCACCUUAUAAGAGCCCUUACAUGGAUCACUUCAACAAUGCAA